AGAAAUAUGAUGGCUCAGUCAGAUUUAGAUCUAAAAGAGACGGCUCUGAAAGAGGAUUUGAAGUUUUACUUCAUGAACCCAUGUGAAAAAUACAGAGCAAGACAUCAAAUACCAUGGAAACUGGCUUUGCAGAUUUUGAAGAUACUUAUGGUUACUACCCAGCUUAUUUUUUUUGGUUUGAGUAACCAGUUGGUGGUCUCAUUCAAAGAGGAAAACACUAUUGCUUUUAAACACCUAUUCCUGAAAGGCUAUUCUGGAGUUGAUGAAGAUGACUACAGCUGCAGUAUCUAUACACAACAGGAUGCUUAUGAUAGCAUUUUUUAUGUUAUUAAUCAGUACAAGCAAUUAAAGAACAUAUCCCUGGGGACGCUUGGUUAUGAACAUGAAGGAUCAGGUUUAGAAAUCUGUAAACAACAGUACAAGAAAGGCACGAUGCUUCCUUCCAAUGGUACGCUGAACAUAGAUGUUUCUACUGAGACAGAAUGUAUCUUUUUUAAGCCACAGGAGCUAUCUGGUAAGAAGGCUGAACUGAAGCUGAACUCCUCUUUUUUCAAUCUUGAAUUUUACAGGCUUAUACAGGUUGAAAUCUCCUUCAAGCUGAAAGGCAUUGCUCUACAGACUAUCCAUGCCCGUGAAUUGCCUGACUGCUAUGCAUUUCAAAAUACUAUAACUUUCAAUAAUAGAGCCCACAGUGGAAAAAUCAAAAUCUAUUUUGAUAGUGACACCGAUAUUCAAGAAUGUAAAGACUGGCACAUAUUUGGUUCUGUUCUCCAGAAAAACACUCAGUAUAUUCUAGUCUUUGAUGGAUUUGUCAUUUUAAGUUGCUUUGCUUCUCUCAUCCUCUGCACACGAUCCAUUGUUCUUGCCUUGAGACUGCAAAAAAGAUUCGUGAACUUCUUCUUGGAGAAAUAUAAGCGUCGUGUCUGUCAUGCUGAUCGCCUGGAGUUCAUAAAUGGAUGGUAUGUCCUGGUAAUUAUCAGUGAUGUGAUGACAAUCAUUGGGUCAAUCCUAAAAAUGGAAAUAAAAGCCAAGAACCUCACAAGUUAUGAUGUCUGCAGCAUUUUACUUGGAACAUCAACUUUGUUUGUCUGGGUUGGAGUCAUCAGAUACCUAGGAUAUUUUCAAACCUACAAUGUGCUUAUUUUAACUAUGCAGGCAUCAUUGCCCAAAGUGCUAAGGUUUUGUUGUUGUGCUGGGAUGAUUUACCUUGGCUAUACUUUCUGUGGUUGGAUUGUCCUGGGACCUUAUCAUGAAAAGUUUGAAGAUCUGAACACGGUGGCUGAGUGUCUGUUUUCUUUGGUCAACGGUGAUGAUAUGUUUGCAACAUUUGCUCAAAUCCAGCAGAAGAGCACACUGGUGUGGGUGUUCAGUCGGUUAUACCUGUACUCCUUCAUUAGUCUGUUUAUAUACAUGAUCCUCAGCCUUUUUAUUGCACUCAUUACCGACUCCUAUGACACCAUAAAGAAAUACCAACAAAGUGGGUUUCCAGUAACAGAUCUACAUGAAUUUCUAAAAGACCACAGCAGUGUUGGUUACAGAAAAGAACAGACUUCCAUGCCAUUCAUCUGCUGCUGUAGGAGACAGCAGAGUGAUGACAACUUGAUACUUAUUAAUUGA